CGCCGCCGCCAUGGCGGCCGGCAGGGCCGGCGGGAGGCAGGCGCUGUCGCUGCGCUGCGAGUGGGAGCUCUGCGCCUUCGUGGCGCCGCGCAUGGAGGAGUUCUGCGAGCACGUGGCGCAGCACCUGCGGCAGCACCUGCCCGGCGAGGCCCGCAGCGACGUGGACCCGCUCGAGGAGUACACGUGCCUGUGGCAGGAAUGUGGCUUCUGCUCGCCGGAGAGCCCGGCCGACCUCGUCCGCCACGUCUACUUCCACUGCUACCACACCAAGCUGAAGCAGUGGGGGCUGCGGGCCCUGCAGAGCCAGUCGGACGUGAGCCACUGCCAGCUGGAUUUCCAGAGCCGCAACAUCAUCCCCGAGAUCCAGGAGAACUUCCUGUGUCUGUGGGAGUACUGCGAGAGGUCGUUUGAUAAUCCCGAGUGGUUCUAUCGGCACGUGGAAGACCACAGCUUCUGUUCCGAGUAUAAGGCAGCAGGGAAGGAGAACCACGUGGUCCUGUGUGGCUGGAAAGACUGCGACUGCACCUUCAAAGGGCGCUGCAAGCUGCGGGAGCACCUGCGCAGCCACACGCAGGAGAAGGUGGUGGCCUGUCCCACCUGCGGCGGGAUGUUUGCCAACAACACCAAGUUCUUCGACCACAUCCGCCGGCAGACGGCGCUGGACCAGCAGAGGUUUCAGUGCUCUCACUGCUCCAAGAGGUUUGCCACGGAGAGGCUGCUCCGUGAUCACAUGAGGAACCACGUGAACCAUUACAAGUGCCCUCUGUGCGACAUGACCUGCCCGCUGCCCUCCUCGCUGCGCAAUCACAUUCGGUUCCGGCACAGCGAGGAGCGGCCGUUCAAGUGCGACUACUGCGACUACAGUUGCAAGAAUCUCAUUGACUUGAGGAAACAUCUGGACACCCACAGCAAAGAGCCAGCCUAUCGCUGCGAGUUCGAGGCCUGCAGCUUCACCGCGCGUUCCCUCUGCUCCAUCAAACUCCACUACCGGAAAGUCCAUGAGGGUGACUCGGAGCCCCGGUAUAAGUGCCAUGUCUGUGACAAGUGCUUCACACGUGGGAAUAAUCUCACCGUGCACCUCAGGAAGAAACACCAGUUCAAGUGGCCCUCGGGGCAUCCUCGCUUCAGGUACAAGGAGCAUGAAGACGGCUACAUGAGGCUGCAGCUGGUGCGCUACGAGAGCGUGGAGCUGACAGAGCAGCUGCUGAAGGACCGCGAGAAGCAGGGAGAGGCACUGGACCAUUCAGCCGAGUGCGUGGUGCUCUCUGAGGGUGAAGGCAACCUCCAGGCCAUCAUUCUGGAGGCCCCAGCAGAGGCUCCGCCAGUGGCGAACAGUGACCCUGAGCCACAAGCGGCCUCGUGGCAACCUGUGGCUUACUCUGCUGGCAGCGCUGAGCCAACAGGGCCAAGUGCCUUCCCGGGAGCAGCGCUGUCCUCAGAGCCAGGACCCAGCGCCCCAGCCAACCCCAUCAUCCGGGUGGUGAACCGGACCAACGAGCACGGGGAGAACGAGACUGUGUAUUACGUCAUGGCUGGUGCCUCCUCUGAGGAGCGGGCAGCAGGGCCCGGCGGGCUGGCCGUGGAGCUGGAGGAGAAUGUCAUGGACCGCCUGCAGAAGACAGCUGAAGAGCUGGGCAUCCAGAUAGUGUGAGGAGCUCGCCUGUCUCCCUGCACUUGGAAAACACGGACCGCUGUGGGAUGUGCUAGGAGAGAGGGCAGGUCUCCUCCCGCACAUGGCUGGCUCGCUUCUCUCUGUUGUUCCAGUCUUGGUGGCUGCUGGUUCUGGUCAGUGUGGAGAGGUGGGGAAAGGCUGGUACUGUCUGUCCGGCAAGAGAUUUGAGCAGGAAAGAGCCAAGGAUUUGAGGAAUGGGGCAAGUCUCUCCUGCUUCUUCAGGAGGUUCUGUCUUUGUCUGGCCUGGGCCUUCUGUGCCUCUUUACUUGCUGGUGAUGUGGUCUCUGCUGCUAUGCAGUCAAGUUGUCAGGUCCUCAGUGAGGACCUCCCCAGGCAGGGAAGCAUGCUGAGCCGAUGCAGCAGGUGAGACGGGUGCCCCUCAGGCCUGCUCUCCCCCAUACCUUAUUCUCCACAGGAAGGGAUGCCUUUGUUGGCACUUCCUUUCAGGAUGUCUCUCCUGUUAGUGCCUGCACUGUCGAUACCCUCCCACUGCACUGAUCUCUGUGA